AUGGCACAGUCAAAGGAAUGGCAAAAGAUGCUCCGUGGCGAGCUAUACUGGGCAUGGGACGAGGAUCUGCAGGCGAACCGCACAAGGUGUAAACAAGCCUGCGAUGAUUUCAAUGCCGCCGGGGCUGCAACAAGGCGUCGAAAAGUAGAGCUGUGGAGAAAUAUUGUCUGCGACACACGUCCAAUGCCACCAUUGAACCCAGACCCGAAAGAAGACGAGGCACUUUUCGAAGAGACCGAUCCCUUCGUCGAUGGUCCGAUUUCUGUGGACCAUGGUCUGAAUUUCAAGGUCGGCAAAGGCACCUUUCUCAACUUCAAUCUUCUCGUGCUUGACACCUGCCUGGUCACCAUCGGGGAACGGGUACUGUUUGGUCCGAAUGUUUGCAUCUAUGGUGCGACCCACCCCAUGGAUCCGGCUGUUCGGCAAGGGUUGAAGGGACCGGAAGGUGGGAAGGAAGUGCAUAUCGAAGACGAUGUAUGGAUUGGUGGUAGUGUGAUCGUGUUGGCGGGCGUGCGAAUCGGAAAGGGGAGCACGGUUGGAGCUGGCUCAGUGGUGACAAAGGACGUUCCUCCCUUCCACUUUGUCGCAGGAAAUCCCGCCCGAGUCAUUCGUCGGAUUGAAACGAGCAUGAACCCUGAAGAGCAACAAUGA